AUGAACCUGCCCCAGCAGCAGGAUCAUUUUCUGGAAAUAAACAAGAAGAACUGCUGUGUGUUCCGGGAUGACUUCAUCGCCAACGUGCUGCCACCGGUGCUGGGGCUGGAGUUUGUGUUCGGACUCCUGGGCAAUGGCCUUGCGCUGUGGAUUUUCUGCUUUCACCUCAAGUCCUGGAAAUCCAGCCGGAUUUUCCUGUUCAACUUGGCCGUGGCUGACUUUCUCUUGAUCAUCUGUCUGCCAUUCCUGACGGACAACUACGUGCGGAAAUGGGACUGGAGGUUCGGGGACGUCGCUUGCCGGCUGAUGCUGUUCAUGCUGGCCAUGAACCGCCAAGGCAGCAUCAUCUUCCUCACGGUGGUGGCCGUGGACAGGUACUUCCGGGUGGUUCACCCUCACCACGCUCUCAACAAGAUCUCGAAUCGGACGGCGGCCAUCAUCUCCUGCCUCUUGUGGGGUGUCACCAUCGGGCUGACGGGUCACCUCCUGUACAAGAAGAUGCUGAUCAGGAACCGAGAUGCCAAUCUGUGCAGCAGCUUCAGCAUCUGCCAUACCUUCCGGUGGCACGAUGCCAUGUUCCUCCUGGAGUUCGUCCUGCCCCUGGCCAUCAUCCUGUUCUGCUCGGCCAGAAUCAUCUGGAGUCUGCGCCAGCGGCAGAUGGACAGACACGCCAAGAUCAAGAGGGCCAUCAACUUCAUCAUGGUGGUGGCCGUCGUCUUCAUCAUCUGUUUCCUGCCCAGCGUGGCCGUGCGCAUCCGCAUCUUCUGGCUCUUGCACACCACAGGCACGAGGAACUGUGACAUCUAUCGCUCGGUGGACCUGGCGUUUUUCCUCACCCUGAGCUUCACCUACAUGAACAGCAUGCUGGACCCUUUGGUGUACUACUUCUCCAGCCCGUCUUUCCCCAACUUCUUCUCCACCCUGAUCAACCGCUACCUGCGGAAAAAGGCGCCCCAAGAAGCAGAUAAUAUCCAGAGCACAAGCAUGGAGCUCACUGCAGAUCUGAGCACCGCCAGGAGCAUGCAGACAAUUUAGUGGCCCACAUCGGUGAGCCGUGGAACCCGUCUUAUCUGCCCCCAGCUUCUCGCUAAAUCACCGAGCCAAGAAGGGAGAUUGUCACCAAGAACCAAGGUGUCUGGGGAUAGAGUCUGGCUGGGUGCACAAAGACCAUCGUGAGAUGGGGCCCGUGGUUUCCUGGGACUUCCAGAUUCCGAGAAUCGG